CUCUAAAAUAGUGUGGAUAAAAAGGCGAGGUUGGGCGAGCAGGCGAUCCACUUGCUGCGUGUGUGUCUUGGUGGGUGUGUGUCCAUCCGCUCUUCUUCAGUCUCCCCUCACAUCUCUCCCCUCACACACCCGUCAAUAUGGACUUACUGGAAGAGGAACAAAUUUCGGCACUCCAGAAGGCGUUCGAUUCCUUCGACACGGACAGCAAAGGCUUCAUCACCCCGGAGACAGUUGGCAUCAUCCUGAGAAUGAUGGGUGUCAAGAUUUCCGAGAGGCACUUACAGGAAGUCAUCUCUGAGACAGAUGAGGAUGGAUCUGGUGAGAUUGAGUUCGAGGAGUUCGUGCAGCUGGCCGCUAAGUUCUUGAGUGAGGAGGACGAGGAGGCGCUGAAGAAGGAGCUCAAAGAAGCUUUCCGUAUUUACGACAGAGGCGGUAACGGCUACAUCACCACGCAGGUGCUGAGGGAGAUCCUGCAGGAGUUGGACGCUAGGCUCACUGAAGAUAACCUCGACUGUAUCAUUGAGGAGAUCGACGAGGACGGCUCCGGAACCAUUGACUUUAUGGAAUUCAUGAAGAUGAUGACGGGAUAAGUUUGGUAUCUUAAGUCUGGCGUACCGGUCUGGACGUCAUACGCCAGCGUCCAAAGUCUAGUGCACCGGUCUGGACGUCACGCGCCACUGUCCAAGCCUAGUGCACCAGUCUGGACGUCACACGCCACCGUCCAAGCCUAGCGUACCGGUCUAGACAUCACGCGCUACUGUCCAAGCCUAGUGCACCAGUCUGGACGUCACGCGCCACUGUCCAAGCCUAGCGUACCGGUCUAGACAUCACACCACCUUCCUGAUCACCAAUCACGCAUACAUUCACUCUUCACAUCCUCCCCGCUUCAAACUUCAGGCAAACAUUUGUUGCCUUGUAAAUUAACUAUGUGACAUGAGGAGAAAAUAUUUUUGUUAUGCAACUCUCUCAGGAAAAGGCCCGUUGCAUAUAGUUUUUAGCCUUCGUCUGAGAGCAAUUUGCAUUUUCAAAAUGCAAAUUAUUUCCACUAUACCAGCUGAUUACCGGGACAAGAGGCAUCCGAAACUACUAAACUGUUUCUAAAUGUUAUUACAAGUUCUCUUGGGCAUGUUUUAGCUUCGUUUCACAGUCUAGAAGACCGAGUAACAUUAUAUGUAUUGCUACCUGUAUGAAAGAGUGUUUAUGUAUAGCCUCGCUUCAAUCAUUUUUAGAUAAAUUUUCAUCUUGAAUGUAUUUAUUUUCACGAAUGGAUUUUAAAAAUAGUGACUUUAUUUUCAAGGUUAUUGGAUGAUGGAAAGAUUUGUGGGGGGUUUGUUUGUCUGUAUAAUGCUUGCGUGCUGCCAUUACUGUUAUUAAAUAUAUAUAACUAUAGGUGUAAUCUUUCUUGGGAAGUUUUCAGGAGGUUCGUUAGGUUAGAUAUGCUCCCCCUCUAUACAUUACCGACAUGUUGAUAACCACCAGUGUAGGGACGCUAACGAUGCCAUUACAGCUGUGUGCAGCUCAUAGCCACUUCCUUCUAUUGCCUUGUUCCAACUCCCUGUUAUAUAUGUUAUGCCUUACUACUCUUAGCUCUUGCAAACUACUAACAUAUCAUGGAGCCUUGGUGCACCAGGAUUCCCCUGGAUAAUUUGACAAUUUGAAGUGUAAGUUCACUUAUUUGCUUCCCUCUUCUUUGCUUCCAAUCACAACACUACAAAUAUCAAAGGGACUCAAUUGUCUUCAUUACAAAUCUGGGUAAAUGAUGGUCAUGUAACAAGGAACCAAUCUUGACAAUGCUGAUUCAACAUUGAUUUAAAGUUACAGAAGCAUUUUUUUCUGCUCCCUGGGGCACCAUAUUACAAUCUUCACUCACGACGUCGGUCGUGAGUGGAGAUCGGUAACAGAGUUCUAGAGGAAAGACUACUAAUAUAGAAUAUGCUCACUCAUGGCUGUCCAUAUGGGAGGUGAUAAAUCAAGAGGAAAGAUACACUAUACAACUUCCGAUUUCAUGUGCUGUUCAGGAACAUAUUCAACACUGAAAUUUCACUCUUUAAAUCAAUACUCAAAAAAAAAAAAAGUGACUGAAAACUUUUGUAGCCUUUUAAGGGGUCCAUAUCGGCCUCAAACACUUUUUAUAACACUGAUGUAGAUAUACAACUUAACAGAAUUGAAACCAGGCUUUCUUUUAGCAAUACCCCUCGUUAUAAUUUUUACUAUAAUAUAUGUUAACUACUCAUAUUUAUCGUUUUAAAUCCUCGUUUGGGAUUAUAUUUUUUCUUUCUUAUUCCCCUGAGUUGAAUUAAUCUCUACUAAAUCGUGUUCUCCUUUUCAACGGAUUUAAUAUCUUAUGCAGAUUAAUCAGUGGUGGCUCGCGUACUUAUUACUACUAAAUUAAUCCUUUCCGAAAGACUUUCUCAUUAGAAAUGAAUUAAUCGCUGCCAGUAGAUUAUUAAAUCCCUAAGGCUUGUUGGAUCGAGUAUAACUGUUUUUCAGUUAAUUUUGUAAACAGCUCGAAGAUUAUUAUUCUUUUAAGAAUAUAUUGGAUUCAUUGCUCCUUGAAUUUUUUUUUUACUCUUUCGUUGGCUAUUCACUUCCUGAAACUUGUUUAAUCCUUAUUUUGUUUACUCACUGUAACUUGACUAAUCGCUUAUAGCUUGCUCACAGCCUGAAACCUAAGUAUUCGCUUGUAAAUUGCUCACUGACUAAAACUUGAUUAAUGGUUUGCAACUGCUGACUUGCGGAAACUUGAGUUGAUAUCCAACCCACAAUUGAAAUUGAAGAAACGACGACGUUUCGGUCCGUAUGGACCAUUAUCAAGGAGACUUGAUAAUGGUCCAUGACGGAUCGAAACGUCGUCGUUUUUACAUUAUCUAAUGUGUGGGUUGGAUUUCAACUCUUCAGCCACGUUAUUGUGACUCAUCGUCUGCGAUGAGUCUUGAUUUGUAACUAUUCAUGCAAUGCUUACUACCUAAAAAAACAUGUUUUGAUCUCAUAUACCAUGAAAUUUGAUUGAUAGUUUAAACUUGAAACGAUUGAUAGCUUGCAGACUGCUACUAUUAUAUAUAUAUAUAUAUAUAUAUAUAUAUAUAUAUAUAUAUAUAUAUAUAUAUAUAUAUAUAUAUAUAUAUAUAUAUAUAUAUUUAUAUUUAUUAUUAACAGCAUAGUGCUGGCCUGUAUACUGAUUACAUUUUCCCUGCAUAGAAGUUUAUUAUUUUAAAGAUUUCAAAUAAGUUUUGAUUUAAUUAAUGCUACUUAGUUUGUCCUUAGAUUCCCAGGCGUAAUAGUUUGGUGAUUCACACACACACAUAAUCACUUAUUCUUUCUUAGCACCAAGCAGGGUUUUUUUUUUGAGGAGUUGGGGCGAUAGGGAAGGCAUCAGGAUUUUCUUCUGGUGUCAACUUUUUAUUGCUUUCUUUUAACUUUCUGUUCUUCCCAUCAUCUCUCAUCUCAUUUCAUAACGUUUGAUCGUGGCAUUUUCCUCCACUUGUGGAAUCGACGAUAGGGUUCAGCUGGUGUGUGUCUAACGAGGCAGCUGGUUCGUGUAAACGAGGCAGCUGGUUCUUGUAAACGAGGCAGCUGGUCCUUUGUUAGCGAGGUAGCUGGUCCUCGUUAGCAGGCAGCUGGUCAUUGUUAACGAGGCAGCUGGCCCUUACUAACGAAGCAGCUGGUUUUUGUUACCGAGGCAACUGACCCUUGUUAACAAGGCAGAUGAUAUUAACAAAUUUUCUUUUAGUUUUCUUUUUAUUUUUUCGACAUUUUUGUAACCAAAAUUUUAUUGGUUUAAUUUCAUCUUCGCCAUAUCUAAUUGAUGAAUUUGUUAUAACCAAUUUCUAAAUUGCAUGGCCAAAAUUGGUUUUAGCUAAGAUUCCAGUGGCCAGUUCUAGUUCAUGGCCCAUUGCUAGGCCUGGCUUGUGAAAUCAAAAUUUUUUCGAUGAUGCAUCAACUAUCCAUCAUCAACACCUGUGUAUCGAAACUGUCUCAAUAAAGGUGAUGAUAAUUCU